AUGGCGCCUUCCAAGGAGAAGAAGCUCUAUCCCGCCCAAAUCAAGAGCGACGGCGGCGGGAGGAAAGAGAUGCAUUACAGGGGAGUUAGGAAGAGGCCGUGGGGGCGCUACGCCGCCGAGAUUCGGGAUCCGGGGAAGAAGACUCGUGUUUGGCUGGGAACCUUCGAUACGGCGGAGGAAGCCGCUAGGGCGUACGACAAGGCGGCGCUCGACUUCCGCGGCUGCAAGGCCAAGACCAACUUCCCCAUCCCCAACGAUAUCCCGGCUCCCAAGGCGGUUGAUGGUGGCCUGGAGAACAGGCAGAGCCCCAGCCAGAGCAGCACCGUCGAAUCGUCCGGGCCACCUGUGGUGCCGCGCCAGUUGGAUUUCUUCCGCCCUCUCCCUCCUCCUCCACCUCCUCCUGUUGUCGGCGGCGCUGAUGCUGGGUUUGUCGGCAGGUUUCCUUUCGUUUUCCAGGUGAAUCAGCCGCCGCCGCCGCCGCAGUGCGCUGUGACUCCGGUGUGGUUCUUUGACGGAAUUGUGAAGCCAGAGCUCCCACCCUUGGCCGUCGAUACCUACAGCCGGUGCGACGAGGGGGAGCAGAGCGAGACGGAUUCGACGUCGUCGGUGGUUUUGGAUUGCAAGGCAAACGGCAAGCGGCGGGAAGUUCCGGAUCUGGAUCUGGAUCUCAAUCUCGCCCCACCAGUGAACGCUUGA